UCGCCUUACCAUUUCAUUAAUUUUUCAUUAAUACAUUCAAGCCAUCAUUACCCUAAAAUUUUCUGUGAAAAGUUUUUAGACAUUUAAGCCUUUAAGUAAACAUUAUUUUCACUCAUAAAAAAACAAAAUACUAGUGAAGUGUAAAAGAAAAAAAGUUGAAAUAAUCAAAAGGGAAUAUUCUAUUUAUUUAAACCAACAACAACCACCACAACUCAUUGUUGUAUUGUAUAAAAUGCAAUUGACGGGUGGAUCUUUCAAAACCGCAACUAAAUCUAAGCAAAGGAACCCAACCACACAAAAAAGCAAAAAAUCUCAGAAAACAACAGAGGUGAAAUCGAAGAAGAAAUCUAGGAGGAGAAAAAUGUGGUUUGUUUAUGUAUGUGAAGAAGAAGAGAAGGAAUUAGGAAGACAACAAGCAUCAGGUUCUUGUCCUUAUUGUGGUGGAAAAGUUGAAGCUAUGGAUGUUGAGAUGCAAUGGAGGUUUUGCUUUUUGCCUAUGUGUUUUAACAUUAAGAGAAAAUAUUCUUGUACUUCAUGUGCUAGAUGUUUAGAAUUGAAGUACUAAUUACUAGGUUGUUUUUGGACAAUUAUUCAGAUUUCAUGUUCUUGGUUUUUUCUUCAUCUUCUUCUUUUUUUUUUUUUUUCAAAUUUUGUGGGUGGAAGUGGAAAGGAAAAUAAAAGUGGGAUUUGUUAA